UUUUCCCGCCACACGCAGAUUAAUUGCGUCAUUUCUGCCCGGGUUUUCUCGCUAGCGGUUUCUUCACGCGCCUCCCGCCAGCAACUUCUGCUUAAACCUGUUGGAGAUCGCCUGAAGCUGCUCGACAUGGAUGACUGGGAGGAAGAUCAGGGCCCUGUUGUAUCCUGCAGUUCAGGUUUUGGUCUGAGCUCUAGAGGUGCAGAUGGAGGAUUCAAGAGCUUCCAUACAGGAAGUACAGGAAUCAGGAAGGCAAACAAUGAAGAUGCUGAUGGCAGCUCAUGGAAGACAACUUCUGGUGAUGGAUUCAGGGGCAGAGGAGGCAGGGGAGGGUCACGAGGAGGAAGAGGAGGCUUCAGAAAUACCUUUAAAUCAGAAACUGAUGAAAAUGGCAACGAUGAGGGUUGGAAAGAUGGUGAAGGCCAAGGAAGAGGUCGCGGUGGUUUCCGAGGUGGUUUUCGUGGUGGUUUCCGUGAUGGUGGUAAUGAAGAGACUGGGAGAAGAGGCUUUGGAAGAGAAAAUGACGAAAAUGGCACAGAUGAGGGUUGGAAAGGAGGUGAAGGCCGAGGAAGAGGUCAUGGAGGCUUCCGUGGGGGUUUCCGUGAUGGUGGUGGCGAUGAAGAGACAGGAAAAAGAGGCUUUGGAAGAGGAGGUUUCAGAGGCCGGAAUGAGGAAGUGUUUCCCAAGGCCUCAACAUCAGACAAGCCAGAUCAAGAAGCAGGUGAAAAUGCAGGACCCAAGGUUGUCUAUGUGCCGCCUCCCCCUCCAGAAGAGGAGAGUUCCAUAUUUUCCCAUUAUGCCACAGGCAUUAAUUUUGACAAAUAUGAUGACAUCCUUGUGGAUGUGAGUGGCAGCAAUCCUCCAAAGGCCAUUAUGACUUUUGAUGAGGCAGGACUUUGUGAAUCACUGAGAAAGAAUGUAACGAAGUCUGGAUAUGUGAAGCCUACUCCUGUCCAGAAACAUGGAAUUCCCAUUAUUUCUGCUGGACGAGAUCUGAUGGCUUGUGCCCAGACCGGAUCAGGAAAAACGGCGGCCUUCCUGCUGCCCAUCCUACAGCGGCUGAUGGCUGAUGGAGUGGCAGCCAGCAAGUUCAGCGAGGUGCAGGAGCCCGAGGCCAUAAUCGUGGCCCCCACCAGAGAGCUCAUCAAUCAGAUCUAUCUGGAGGCCAGGAAGUUUGCAUAUGGGUACACAUUUUAG